UCUCGUUGCUUCAUAUCUUCUGCCGUUGCGCACCGUGUUCUUGCUAGGAACAAUCCAUUGCCUCAAUCAAUUCGAUCCCGCAUCUUCUCCACAUCCACGCAUAUUCCCGGUGUUAUUCGAUACGUCCCCUCGGCAGUUGCACCCACAGCUCACCACGCAAUGGCCGCACGCCGUGCUUUCCAGGGCAUCGCAACAGCAACAGCUCGCACCUCCACCCCCCGUGUUACUCCGCUUGCCACCAGAAUAUCCUCGCCAUACAACGCCAACAAGACGGCGAUAAGGCGGCUGCAUGCCACCGCUCAACAGCUCAAGCCUGCCGCCGGUGCUGUCGCCCAGUCUUACCCCACAACCCACGAGCGUAUCCAGUCCCCGCCCGACACGGAAAACUUCUUGGAUAACAAGUUUGUCGCUUCCAAAGCUACCCAAUGGAUCGAUCUUCAUGAUCCAGCAACGAACAACUUGGUCACUCGCGUUCCGCAGAGCACCGAUGAAGAACUCAAGGCGGCUGUAGACAGUGCGGAGAAGGCCUUCCCUGCCUGGAGGGACACAAGUCUGCUCGCUAGGCAGCAGAUCAUGUUCAAGUACGUGGCCUUGAUACGUGAGAACUGGGACAGAUUAGCGGCCAGCAUCACUUUGGAACAGGGCAAGACAUUUGCGGAUGCAAAAGGCGAUGUUCUCCGUGGACUCCAAGUAGCAGAGACAUCGUGCGGUAUCACGACCCAGCUCACGGGCGAGGUGUUGGAGGUGUCGAAAGACAUGGAGACGAGAAGCUACAAGGAGCCAUUGGGUGUAGUGGCUGCCAUCUGCCCGUUCAACUUCCCUGCCAUGAUCCCUCUUUGGUGCAUACCAAUCGCGACUGCCACGGGCAACACAAUCGUUAUCAAGCCAUCCGAACGUGAUCCUGGAGCUUGCAUGAUUUUGGCUGAGCUUGCCGAGAAAGCUGGUUUCCCGGCUGGUGUUAUCAAUAUCAUUCACGGGUCUGCGAAGACGGUAGAUUUCAUAAUCGACGAGCCACGCAUCAAGGCCAUCAGCUUUGUAGGGAGCAACAAGGCCGGCGAAUACAUCUACACACGCGGUUCUGCCAAUGGCAAGCGUGUCCAAGCAAACUUGGGUGCUAAGAACCAUGCCGCCGUGUUGCCAGACUGCAACAGGAAUCACGCUCUCAAUGCCAUCGCAGGCGCUGCAUUUGGCGCCGCCGGGCAACGAUGCAUGGCUUUGAGCACUCUAGUGAUGAUUGGAGAGACCAAAGAUUGGCUUCCGGACCUCGCUGAGCGUGCAAAGGGGAUCAAGAUGGAUGGUGGGUUCGAAGAGGGUGCUGACCUUGGACCCGUUAUUAGCCCCCAGUCGAAAAAGAGGAUUGAGGAUCUCAUUGCUAGCGCGGAGGAGGAAGGUGCUACUAUACUACUUGACGGCCGUGGCCAGAAACCAGAGAAGUACCCCAAUGGCAACUGGAUCGGUCCUACCAUCAUUACCAACGUGAAGCCACAUAUGAAGUGCUACACGGAAGAGAUCUUUGGGCCUGUGCUGGUGUGCUUGAAUGUUGAAACCAUUGACGAGGCCAUUGACCUGAUCAAUGCCAAUGAAUACGGAAACGGCACUGCCAUCUUCACUCGCUCGGGUGCCACGGCUGGUAUGUUCCAGAAAAAGAUCGAGGCCGGCCAGGUUGGUAUCAACGUCCCGAUUCCCGUACCACUUCCCAUGUUCUCCUUCACGGGCAACAAGAAGUCCAUUGCUGGUGGCGGUGCAAACACGUUCUACGGCAAACCAGGAAUCCAAUUUUACACACAGCAGAAGACGGUGACGAGUUUGUGGAGGAGCGAGGAUGCUGUGGCAAGCAAAGCAUCCGUCAACAUGCCAACGCAUAGCUAA